AUGUAUCUAAAACUUGAUACUGCUGUAACAGUAGACAAAACUCUUUUUGGGUUAACUUCAAUAAAAGUGUUAAAAAGAUACAUAUGGUUUUCAACAAUUUCAAUUUGCUUCAUUUUAAUUCCAGUUUAUACGAAAUACCAUUUUGAUAUUUUCAAAGUAGUUUUGUAUUUUACCAUUAUCCAGUUUAUUGGAAGUAUUCUUUAUACUCCAGCCAAAUACGUUGCAUGUGGUCAAUUCAUUUUCUUAGGUUUCCAUGUUAGCACUCUCUAUUUCUUUUACUUUUCACAAUGUCAAGAAAUUGUUAUUUUCGAUAUUGGUCAUCCAAUUACUCUCUUUAGUUUUUUGAUUAUGUUUAGUAUGCUACAGGUUAUUCAAGGAAAUUACCACAGAGAUCAUGAUGAUGAUAAAAAAGCAAGAAUUUAUACAAUAGCAAUCUUAUUAGGAAAAAAAUUUUCUUUAUAUUAUUUCUAUUCUUUAUUUAUAAUGUAA